AUGAAAGUCGCGUGUCUCCAGUUUGCCCCGGAAGUGGGAAAGGUCCAGGAGAACAUAGCCAAAGCGGAUAGCAUACUACUCGAAGCUCAACUGCCUUUCGACAUUGACUGGCUCGUCCUUCCAGAGCUCGCCUUUACAGGCUACAACUUCUUCACACUCGAAGAGAUCAAACCAUUCCUAGAACCCACAACAUCCGGAACAAGCACACAAUGGGCCAUUCAGGCUGCCCGCCACUACAACUGCCAUGUAACAGUCGGCUAUCCCGAAGUCACAACCGCAACACCGACCCAGCCCUCGACACAAUACAAUUCCACCGUUACCAUCUCUCCUGCCGGCGUCAUCCUAAACAACUACCGCAAGUCCUUCCUCUACUACACCGAUGAAACAUGGGCCACCGAAGGCCCCGGAUCAAACGAGCACAAGCUCGCCAACCCCGCCUCCCCGGACAGCCCCUUCUUCUCUGGUCCACUGGGUGACCUGGGCAACGUGACGCUGGGUAUCUGCAUGGAUAUCAACCCGUACAAGUUCACCGCGCCGUGGGAUGCGUACGAGUUCGCAUCCACAGCGCUGUCGAACAAGACCAACCUCCUAUGCGUCUCGAUGGCGUGGCUAUGCCAUCUUACGCCCGAGGAACUCAUGCGCGACUCUAGUCAGCCGGAUGUUGCGACUAUUGCAUAUUGGGUGGAGAGGUUUCAGCCGAUCGUUGAGGCGAAGCUGGAGGACCCGGUCUAUGUGGUCAUGGCGAAUCGGAGUGGUAUGGAGAAGGGCGUGUGCUAUGCGGGGAGUAGCACUGUGAUCAAGAUUGAUAAGGGCGUGGUGAGUCUCUUUGAGACCGCCGGCAAGAGUGAUGAGAGGUGUUUGGUGGUAGACUUGACUGAACGGCCGAAGUUCCAGGUGCGGAGCGGGAAGUAG